UGGCGCUCGGGUGGAGCAGUGGGUACCGCAGUGGCUCCGGUGGCACUCCUGACGCACGCGCUCACCACUCCUCCGUGUCAGACAUGUCGCUCACAGGACUGCCGCAGCUGCCGGCGGGUCGCGCCGCCCUGCUCUGCUGUACACUGGUGUACCUGCUGGCCCUGUGUGCCACCGGCGGCCACGGGCUGACGGUGCCCGACGCCGGCGAGUGGCGCCAGGCGCAGAGUAAGCGCUCGUUCGCCGAGCUGCGGUGCCGCGGGGUGUUCGACAUCGUCGUGUUCCGCGAGCUGAACGGCGUCUGCCAGGAGUGCUUCACCAUCUACAAGGAGCCCGAGCUGUACGGCCUGUGCCGGUCGGAGUGUUUCUCCACUCAGUACUUUCAGGGGUGCCUGCAGGCGCUCCUAAGGACAGAGGAGGCGGAGAAGUUCGAGUCCUACAUACGAAGGACAAGCGGGAGGAAGUGAACUCGGUGCUCCGAGCCACCCACACCGGCCAGCCACGGCCACUGCUUAGAUCAAUGCGUAGUUCCAGCCACGUCACACCGCGCUGGGAAAACUGCCGCGACUGUCCUGACCGCUCGAACUGGACAGGAGUUCGUGUAUUAUUUGUAGAAGUCUUGAAGUUGAUGCUCGCUGUGAUCUGUGAUGCUCUUAGCUUGAGACAUUGUUAUUGAGCCAAUGACUACAUACUAUCAUCUACAACAUAUGUUUCGAAUAAAGCAUAUUGUUUUAGGAAGCAGCAAAGACCACCAUUUCCGCUUCGUAUGUAUUCGUAAGGAACAUGCCGGUUCCUCUUGAACGUAUAAGUGUACAUAUGCAUGUAAAAAAGUGAAAUGUAAAAACAUUGAAGUCGUGCAUGGUACAGUCAAAUAUAUUUUCUGCACCUUUACAAAACAAA